AUGGCGGCCGCCCUGGUGGAGCAUGUUGUCGCAGAUGCUGGAGCGUUUCUAAAGAAAGCUCCUCUGCAGGAAAUCGGCAGAAACAUUUAUACGCUGAAAGAUGUGGUCGACGAGAUCAGAGACAAACCGACCAGGAAGAGUCUGGCCUUCCUGCCGUACCAGCUCACCUUCAAAGAACCGCAUCCGGAACACAUCAGGCUGGUCACAGAGUUCUCUAAGAAGACGGGAGACUACCCGAGUCUGUCCGCCACUGACAUCAAAGUCAUGGCUCUGACCUAUCAGCUGCAGCUGGAGCAAGUCGGCCCCCAAAACCUGAGGAAAGAGCCGGAGGUCAAGGUGAAUAUUCAGAGCACACGACGACAUCCAGAGACUCCGGUUAACGUGGCAGGAUUCCACUUUCCCUCCAAGAAACCAGCCGACGGUCCACACGACCGACAGUCACAAACAGAGACGCGGAACUCGGUUGAAAACGAAGAGUUUAACAGCUUCCAGUUCUGGAGAGCGCCGCUGCUGUGCAUGGACGAGGAGCUGAUGGAUUUACUGGAUCCAGUCAAGGUUUUGAAUUCAAAGAACAAAAAGAAACAGACGAAAGCAAAGACGUCUUCUGUGGCGGCCGACAGCGAAGAGUUUAACAGCUUCCAGUUCUGGAGAGCGCCGCUGCCGUCCAUCGACGACGAGCUGCUGGAAUUUCUGAAAGACGCCUCCGAGGGGGCGGGUCACAAGGACUCAGAGGACCAAUCAGACGGCGAGGACAAAGAGAACGAGCUUGAAGAGGAAGAGGAGGAAGGGGAGGAGGAAGAUGAUGAUGAUGAUGGAGGCGGUUGGAUCACUCCCAGUAACAUCAAACAGGUGAAGAUGGACACGGCUGAUUGGACAGCUCCCGCUGAUGUCAGAGUCGGAUGUCUGACCACUGACUUCGCCAUGCAGAACGUUCUGAUUCAGAUCGGACUUCACGUUCUGUCCGUUAACGGGAUGCUGAUCAAACAGGCCAGAAACUACAUCCUGCGAUGUCACGCCUGCUUCAAGACGACGAGCAACAUGACCAAACAGUUCUGUCCUCACUGCGGCAACCAGACGCUGAAGAAGAUCGCAGUGACGCUCAGCGAGGACGGCAGCAUGCACAUGCACUUCUCCAAAAACCCCAAAGUGCUGAAUCACAGAGGAAUGAGGCACACGCUGUCUCUUCCUCAGGGAGGGAAGCACAGUAACAACCCUCAGCUGGUGGAGGAUCAGCGUUUCCCUCAGCAGAGACUUUCCCGUAAAGCUCGUCAGAAGACCGACGUCUUUAACCCCGACUACGUGGCCGGAGGUUCGCCGUUCUGCGAGAACGACAUCUACAGCCGCGCCGCCAACCUCAACAUCAGAGACGGUCAGAGUGGAGGCGGGAAGAGACGAGCCAACCCCAACGCCAACCGAAACAAGUUUGUCAAAAAGAAGUGAAGAGCUGACGGACAUUUGGACACGAUGAGGACGAGCGUCUCAUCGGUCAGAAAUUAAAGAACCAAACUGAUGGAUCCUAUAAAUCUGUCUCACUUUAAACUCCUGCUGAACAUUUUUAAACAUCCAUCAGUUUGUAAACCAGCCAAUUAAAACCCUUCGUCAGCCAGAUUAAACCAGUCUGAGACGUCCUGAAUGAAGUUCCUCUUAAAGGAAACUUCUGAUAUUUAUUCAUUAGUCCUUUUUAAUCUGAAGCUUUAGAACUAAAGUUAUGAGUUCUGCUUGCUUUUCCAACCAGGAUCGAUCAGAUGUGUCACUUCCAUAUAAAAAGUUAAAUCCUCACAUAAGUGAAGUAAUGAUUCCUGCUGUGUUGUGUUUGCUGUAGUUUAGAUGUGACGACACCUGUUUGAUUCAGUUUGACCCGAACGGAGGAAACGAGCUGAACUCAAAACCCAAACAUCUGAUCCCUGAGAUCCAAAACGCUGCUGCACAGAAACGCCUCUAACAGAUAAUUACUUAUAUUUAGAAAUUAGUGUAUUGUUUUAAAAAAGACAAAACAAACCCGAAGCUUUGAUAAACCGCCUG